ACAAGAUCAAUUGAUAGAAAUUAUCAAGAGUACGUGAAAAGUAAAAUAAAAUGUGUUGAUAGCACACCCAUCGUAAAACAAACCCUAAAAUUCUAUUAUCUUCUUUCAUCUUAUCUGCCGCUGCUUUUUUCUCCCAGGUCUCUCGCAACCUUCCUCCUCAUCCUCUCCCGUAGCCUCUCUUUUCUCUUCCCCACGGAGUGGAACUCAAAGCUCUGCAUCUCCAGGUUCCAGGCUCCAGGUCCGAGAAUUACAGUUCCGAGGAGUCUUCGGUGGGCGGCUUGUGGAGCGGUAUCUGUGAGCUCAUCCACUGCUUUGCUGGUUCGAUUGUUUAGUCCAGAGUGCGAGCCCCAAAACAUGGCUACUUAUGACAAGGGAAAGCUGCGCUAGAUUCAUGAAGGUUCUAUCGUCGUUCUAAGUAAGUUAUGUCGGGUUUGUUAAUCGUUACAUAGGAGAGGAGUAUUCCAUGAUGGAUAUGUCGAUUGAUGAAAGAUAUGCCUUGAAAUGGACGUAACAUUUCGAGUAUCGAAUGAACAGGACUAAGAAUCCUGCUUUUGUUGCAUAAAAGUUUAUUGUCUGUCUUAUACGAUGCGUCUCAAGAGCAGUUUCUCUUAGCAGGAGCCCUUGAAUCUCCUCAAAUUCGGACCUUGUUCCAUUUUGCUCUGAACUUUCAAUUUGAUUUUGAGCAUCCUAAACUUUCAAUUUAUGCUAAUAUUCCCCCAAUAGUAAAUUCUUUCGCAAUUUUUGU